AUGUCUCCACCAUCCGGGAAACGGUCAGAAUCAGGUUUAGCUCGUUUACUGGGAUCAGGGACCUCAGGGUUGCUUGAAUUACUUGUAUUUCACCCCGUUGAUACUGUGGCAAAACGGUUAAUGACAAACCCUACAAAGAUAUUUAUUCCUGGUGCACCUUUUUCUCAAGGAUUUAGCAAUCUCGAAAAAGUUAUAUUUAAGGCGGAUCAUUCUUCUGGAGCUUUACGAAAAUAUGCAUCAUUAUUCCCCGGUUUAGGAUACGCUGGAGGGUAUAAAAUUCUUCAGCGUAUUUAUAAAUAUGGUGGACAGCCUUAUGUAAAAGAUUAUAUUAAUAAAUACCAUAAAGAUCUUUUUUAUACAACCUUCGGUGAAAAAAGUGGCAAAACAAUAAUACAUGCAACAGCUGGAAGUAUAAUUGGCGUUGGUGAAAUAGCACUCCUUCCGUUAGAUGUUUUGAAAAUUAAACGUCAAACGAAUCCAGAAUCUUUAAAAGGACGUAACAUUGUUCAAAUUUUUUGGGAAGAACGACAUCGUCUUUAUAGGGGCGGUCUUUGGACAGCAGCUCGUAAUGCACCUGGCAGCUUUGCAUUGUUUGGUGGUUCGGCUUUUGUCAAAGAAUAUAUAUUCGGUCUUAAGGAUUUUUCCAAAGCCACAUUUUUCCAAAACUUUUGUGCUUCAAUAGGUGGUGCUGUGGCUUCGAUCUCUGUAGCUCAACCGCUUGACGUUGUCAAAACCCGUAUUCAAAAUAGACCAUUUGAAUCACCUGAAAGUGGUGUUCAAAUAAUUCGUAGUAUGAUUAGACAAGAAGGUUUUAAUUCCUUUUUCAAAGGAAUUACUCCAAAAUUAGUGGUUGUUGGGCCCAAAUUAGUAUUUUCAUUUACAGUGGCACAGCAAUUAAUUCCAAUAUUAGAUAACUUUUUUGCGAGAAAAGGUAUUGUUAAUCCCAAUACUAUCUAG